UGUGACGUAUUUCCGAUGCGCUGAGAACGUCAUUCAGAAACGCUGAUGUGUUACUUGCUUCCUUCCUUGCAUGCUGAACUUUGUGCUCAUAUUUAAUCAAAGUAUUCAUGUCUAAACAUGCAAUAACGGGAAUCAAUAAGGCGACGACUGUUUAAACGUGUGAAGGACACCUCAGAGACAGGGAAGAAGCCGAGGGCAUGGCGCCAAAAGGCAAGGUCGGCACGAAAGGCAAGAAGCAGAUCCACGAAGAGAACGAGGCGACUCUGAAGUUCUACACUCGAGUCAUUCUGGGAGCGAAUGCCAUAUAUGCAGCGAUAAAUCUGCUACUGUUCUAUAGCUCGUCCACCUUCUGGACAUGGCUGCUGCUGGUCUUUUCGCUGGUUGUGUAUGUGGCCAGCUACCGGUCCAUGGCCGCCAUGGCCAAGCCAGCCUUCGCAGAGGAUGGCAGUCUGCUGGACGGAGGUAUCGACCUUAACAUGGAGCAGGGCAUGGCCGAGCAUCUGAAGGAUGUGAUCCUGCUGACGGCCAUCGUGCAGGUUCUCAGCACCCUCUCCUCCUACUUCUGGUAUAUCUGGCUCCUGGCCCCCGCUCGUGCGGCACAGCUGCUGUGGGUGAACAUCCUGGGCCCGUGGUUUUCUGCGUCCUCUCCAACAGCCCCCGAGGAAGUGAACGAGAAGAAACAGCGACGCCAGGAGAGACGACAGAUGAAGAAAUUCUGACCCCGUCCUUCUACCGUUUCUCUGUUAUUUUAUAUAAAAUCAUGUGAUUACCCACAGCCAAUCAGGACAGUUGAACUAAGUUAUUCUCAAACGAAGUUUCAUUGUGUUUAAAAGGCGGUUUGAACACACACACACACACACACACACACACACACACACAGCUUCCUAUUGUUCUGCUCCUGUCUUGGUGUCCCUCCUGUCCACACUCUUUUCUCCCCAUCAGCCACAUUCAUCUCUCUCUCUCCCUCUCUCUCUCUCUACAGCUGUAAAUAGCUCUUCUCUCCGCCUCCACACGGGGGCAGUGUUCUCAUGACUCUACUCAGGGCUUCCUCACAAAGACAGAGCUGCAUGGUUGGCCGCUGUGAAAUGUAAUGUUGUCCAGUUGUGCAGUUCAGGAGGUCACCUGUCUGUUGUAACGGUCUGCUUUAAGAGAUGCCCUUCCAUUCGGGCAACUUUAAGUUGGCAUCAGUUGCAUGGCAUGUUCCACAUAGCUGGCAGUGUCUCCUGACGGGCGCGUCUUCCCUCUGUGUCGUAGGUCUGGGUAUCGCUGGCAUUUGUCUUGUCAUUCUGCAUAUGUUUACAGUGUUUCAAUGUUGAACACACGGGCUGUGAAGUCCCAUAUAUCAAACGUUAAUUCAGCAGAGGUGGACCCUGUCGUGUGUGUGUGUGUGUGUGUGAGAGAGAGAGAGAGAGACAGGGAUGUUAUUUUUCAAGUCUAGAGCCCUUUAAAGCUAAGAUUUGAGAGAUUUGCAAGAUGAUGAUGAUGAUGAUGAUGAUAAUGGUUACUCUUUGACCCUUGGCAUGGCAAUAAAGAAUGACUGUUGUGUGCCUACUGCCUCUUCAGGGAUCUGUUUGGUUUGAUGGGUCACCCAUGGCUGUGCUGUGCUCUGCGUCUGGUUUGCGUGACGGCCUGUGCGUGAUAUCUGUGUUUGGGUGUUGAGAGGACAAGGAGGGAGAUUCUGGCUGCGGACAUACUGAAUGCAUGGAUCUGGAUUUUCACAUUUCACAUUUCUUUGGCCACCCGUCUGUCAGUUGUCCAAACAUGGCUGUUUUUACUGAAAUGCUCUGUGUGUGUCUGCCUGGAGAAAGCUACUACGGUGUCUUAAUGUACAUACAAAAUAAAUUUCAGUAUAAAACUAA